CUCCUUCAAAGCCCUAGUCAUGCUCUCCCCCGGACUCAAUACUCUCCAGAUGACCCAUGUGCGGAACGAGAUGGAACAAAUUACCUUCCAGAUCAACCUCACCUACAUCCCAUUGCUGCAGUACCCCCCACUCCAUCUUGCUAUAAUGGUUGCCAAAGACUCUCCCCUCCUAAUCGAUUGCCCACCAAAUAAGCGUGGUGGAUUCUCCUCAGCUCACUCCGAUUUAGAUGCUGCUAUCGCUAAGUUUCGAAUGACGGCCUACAUGUGGCAAGCCAUGACCGCUGAAGACUUGCGUUUGAAAGGCCUUGGACGACGUACGUUUCGGCUGGAUGAGGAAUGGGCGGCCGACACCGUCAGCCGUGAAUUUCUCAAUGCUCGAUAUGAUGAUUCGUUGAACAACGAAGGUGCUAUGCGAGCUACAGCAAAGAUUCAUGUUAUCCGCUCAUCAAAGACGACAAAGGAGAUCCGAGAUGCCGACCUUGCCCAGCAAAACCCCUCCGCUCAACGCAAGGACGACUUAUUCAACUGGUUCACCGAUGCACUCAAAGAAGCCGGAGGCCCCUUUACUUCUUCUGCACAUCCUAUUGUCGCAGGCCUAAUCUUGGAUUCCCAUUAUUCGAUCACUCAAGACCUGAUCCUCGGACACGCUGCGCUCGGAUGCCACAACCCUAGUGGUAUCUCGUUGGGCAUGUUUGGAAGUCAUCUAACCUACUCUUGGCCACGAUUCGUGGAAGAGGUGACGAGCUGUUUGACCGAUGUCAAGAUACCAGGAGACAAGGUGGGAAACGACAAUGGGGAGUGCACAACGAUGUGGGAGGCUUGUACAAUCGGACAAGGCGCCCACCUACACGAAGUUGGGCAUGCAUUUGGAUCUCCUCAUCGGCCUGGCAUUAUGGAGCGCGGCUAUGCUCAAGAUUGGCCGAAGAAUUUCCUUCCCGAGACUGCUUUCUGUGGCCGCCUCAAGAAAAAGGGUGUCAUUGUGACAGACGAGACACCUAACAAUGCCCGGUGGAAUAUUAGCGACGCCCUCAACUUCCGUAAUAUGCCUCACUUCCGCCUGCCCUCUGACCGGAUCCUAGGGGCUCAACUUCGGAAUGUUGGACCCUUGGCGGAGCCUGAGUACGUCGGUGAUGAGGAGCUUAAUUCUGUCCUGCAUAUCCACUGCCCAGUGGGUAUUGCUCAAAUAUCGUUCAACGAUACGGUAGAAGACAAUCCAUCUGUCGCUGAACCAUCACCUGAGCUUCGGUUCACCCAGGAGGUGCUUGAGGCUCGAUUCGAUCGAUCAGAACCUCUUUCUUUGAAGGUUCUCGGUUUCAAUGGCAAAGAGCAGACGAUAAACGAUGUGUGGAAGCUUCUCGCUAUGAAGUCCUUCAUUCGCAUCCCUGGUAGUAAGAUGCGACUAUUCAAACGUUCAGUAUACGCUGAUGGGGUUGAGAGCAACCCAGACCGAAAUUUGUACGAGUGGGCUCAACUUCUGAAAGAGAAGGGAUCAGAUGGCAACCUUCAUCGAGCCACAUCUAUCGAUCUCCGUGUUGGCUGCCUAUGGGAUGGCGGAGUAGUAAAGUACGAUGACGGCCAUGUGAGCCACUGGGGCCCGAUGAGGCGCCACGGGCGGGAGCACAGUUUCGGAGGACAUGCUUCAGAAGAGAUCGAUUUGCCACCUAAUGUCAACAUUAAAAGGAUUGAAGUCAACCGCGGCGGGGAGGGCUCCACUGUGAUGGACGGAGUUCGAAUGACAUUGUCGAACCGCACAACCCGAGGAGAGCUCAACCGCAACGGGCACACCAACGUUAUUAGAUUAGAGCCUGCUUCACACGAAGUGAUUGUUGGGUUCUACGGAAAGAGCGAGCGGGAUAGCUUCUGUGGGAUAGUGGAAUUUGGAAUCAUUACGGCGCCGAAAGACGUUGGACUUGACGGGCUGCCACCUCAAACAUUUGACCUGCCAGAACUCAGAAAUACGUGUGGGAUAAACGGCGAGUAGGACUCCGAAUCAGACAACGAUAGCGAUGGAAGUGAGAGCGAUGCAUAUCCGAUGGAGGAAUCUGAACUCGACUGAGCGUACUUGGGAACCAGAGCCUUACUUGAAGCCCUAAUUUUUCAGGCACACUACACUAGUAUAUACUUCGGAUUUGUUUCCUUGGUGCGAUAGAUUUGUUUCCCCUUUCGCUUGGAGUACAUCUUCAGUUAUGAGCCCGACCCGUGUUCCCUUAUUCUCAUUUCAUGGCGCUUUGCGCUACAAAGGUCUGGACAACCCAAACCUUGUACAGAAGAUCAAUUCACCGACGUUGGGUUUGGCCCCUCAGUCUCAAAUAUUCUAGUCACACUUGCGCAAUUUCCCCAGAU